AUGGUGUCGCUAAUGGAGAUUUUCCUGUCUGCAAUCUUAGGCGACCUAACCACUAGAUGCAUAGAUUUCCUGGCGAGCAAGCGCCCCAAUAAGGCUCCUGCGCUGGACGACGUGGAGGAUCGCCUCCGCAGGGUCCUGCUCCGGGCGCUGGUCAUCGUCGACGAGGCCAUGGGGCGGCGGAUCACAAACCAGGCCAUGCUCCGGCAGCUGGACGCCCUGACAGACACCGUGCACCGAGGCUACUACGCCCUCGACACCUUCAGAUCCUUUCAGCAGGCUGAAAAAGAGGAGCCCAGGCCCAGCAGCAAUGGUCAGACGACGAUCGUGAGUCACCGGCUUUCUUCCCAUUUCUCCAGAGUCGAUCCAUGUCUCUCCAGUUGGACAAGCAGAGCUGUACAGAUCUCAAAAGAAAUGCAGGAGGUGCUUGACACUUUGAGCGCCAUGAUCGUUGAUGCACAUGAACUAGUCCUGUUCUUGGCGAACUACGGUCGCCCCAUGUACCGCCAGCCUUACAGCAUGUAUCUCCUGCUGGGCAACUGCAUGUUUGGUCGCCAGAUUGAAGCACAGAUUGUCAUCGACUUCCUGUUGUAUGCACAACAUUCUGGUGCCGAAGAACCAGCGGUGCUGCCGAUCGUCGGUCCCUUCAGGGUCGGCAAGAGCACGCUAGUCGCCCAUGUCUGCAAGGAUGAAAGAGUCCGUGGUCAUUUCUCAGAAACCGUGUUCUUGAGCGACCAUGACUUUCUAUAUGAUGGGCUAGCAGCUUUCAGAGAAGGAUUAUGUGCAAUGAGACAGCAAGAUUGCGGCACGUCAGAUUAUUCUUCCAACAAAGAUGGGGCGACAAGGAGAUUGCUUCUUGUUGUGGAGGUAGGUGGGGAUCUGGACGAAGAUGUGUGGAACAGGCUGUACUCUGCAUCUAAACAUUGGAUGCCCAGAGGUAGCAAGAUCAUACUUACAAGCCGUUCUGACAAGAUCGCAAAGCUUGGAACAACACAGGCUCUAAAUCUGAAGCCCCUGUCGCAUGAGGCCUACUGGUAUUUCUUCAGGACGCUCGCGUUCGGGAGCGCAGACCCCAUGUCACACCCAAGGCAGCUCACCAACCUGGCAAUGGAGAUUGCAGCGACGUUGAACGGGGGCAUGAUCAUCGCCAACGUAUCCGCCCGCAUGCUGAGGGACAGCUUCAGCGUCCAAUUCUGGAGGAAGGUUGCGACGUUCAUGAGGUCGCAGUUCCAGAGACAUGCGUCCAAGUUUGGUGAGCACCCAUACGACCUUAUAAGCCAGAACAAACCCGUGUAUUUCGAGAGGAUGAGGUCUGAACAGAUGAUUUGCUACCAUCAGUACCGGCACUCUUCACAGAAGGAGGUUCCCAAGAUCACCUGGCACGAAGUGAUUAAUGGAGAUGCAAAGCUUCCUGCUGGGAGAUUCCAAGUCCUGUCAUGGAUUUCUCAGAUACCACCUUACUAUAGCUAUAUCUAUGAUUGUGAGAUUCAGGAGCUGAAAUCUAUAGGCAACAAGAGGAAGCGCUCCGCGAAAAACGGAAGCGCACCUUCGAUAUGUUUGUGA